AACACAUUUCCCACGUCGCAUAACAUCCUACGUUUUUCUUCCCAUUUCAGUUUGUGAGAUCUCUUUCCUAAAGACUUAAAAUAAUAUCAUAAAAAGAUACUCAGAUCUACAAAUCGCAGUCAUGGGUUACGAAGAUUCCGUCUAUCUCGCCAAGCUCGCCGAGCAGGCUGAGCGAUAUGAAGAGAUGGUCGAGAACAUGAAGUCCGUCGCCUCUGAAGACCAAGAACUCUCCGUCGAGGAGCGUAAUCUUUUGUCUGUUGCAUACAAAAACGUUAUUGGUGCCCGUCGUGCAUCAUGGAGAAUCGUCACUUCCAUUGAACAAAAGGAGGAGUCAAAAGGCAAUUCAUCCCAGGUUACUCUCAUCAAGGAGUACCGUCAAAAGAUUGAAGCCGAACUUGCCAAGAUCUGCGAAGAUAUCCUCGAGGUUUUGGACAAACACUUGAUUCCUUCUGCCAAGAGCGGUGAAUCUAAAGUCUUCUACCACAAGAUGAAGGGUGAUUACCACCGUUAUCUCGCUGAGUUCGCCAUUGGUGACAAGCGAAAGGAGUCUGCCGACAAGUCUCUUGAGGCUUACAAGAAUGCAACCGAAGUUGCUCAAACUGACCUUGCACCAACACACCCAAUCCGUCUUGGUCUUGCCCUCAACUUCUCCGUUUUCUACUACGAGAUCUUGAACUCCCCAGAUCAAGCUUGCCAUCUUGCCAAGCAAGCCUUCGAUGAUGCCAUUGCUGAACUCGAUACCCUUAGUGAGGAGAGCUACAAGGACUCCACAUUGAUCAUGCAACUCUUGAGAGAUAACUUGACCCUCUGGACUUCAUCAGAGGCCGAGCCAGCUACUACAGAGUCCGCUGCUGCACCUGCUGAGGCCAAGGAAGCCGAGGCCGCUGCACCAGCUGAGGAGAAGCCAGCUGCUGAAUAGAGGAUCAUCGGAUAUGGCGUUGAUGUUUGGUCGAAUGGGCGUACGAGCGAUGGAGGUUACGAUUGGGUUUUGCAUGUUUCGGCAGGCGAGAUGAGCAGAGGACGAGCUUCAUAAAGAGCUUUUGGGGGGUCUCACUCGCAACUUGCUUGCCUUUAGACUCUUUAAUGCAUCAAACCAUACUGUACUUUCCCUUCCACACAUCCUUUCGCUAUUUU